UGCGUAAAAAAUUUUAACAGGAAGUUCAACAUCAAUAUAAGAGAUGGCCACAUCCAAACCACAUACUGGAUCUAUCAGAAAGGAACAAACUGCUCUAGUCUGCCAAUUAUGUGAAAAUGAGCCAAAAAUCAAAUGGAAGUGUUUACAAUGCUCUUUGAUGAUGUGUCAGAGAUGUAGAGACAAAGUUCAUCCUAAAUUUAAAUCUGCAGAAAGUCAUCAAAUUCUUGACCUGAAAGAUGUGGGAAAGUUAAAGUAUGAGGAAGAGAUAGACUUCUCUCAGUUCAAGUGCAAUGCACAUUCAGGGCAGCCAUGCUGUUUAUUCUGUGAAGGUUGUAAAAUCAUGAUCUGUCCUAGCUGUGUUGCUGGAAUCCACAAAAAACAUGACCUAGUUGAAAUUAAGGUGGAAAUACAGAGGAAAGUGGUGAGUGUUCAGAACAGAAUAAAAGUCACUGAAUCUCAAUUGAAAGAACUGAAGGAGGAUGAAAGGAAAUUAAGAGGAAUUCAUUCAACAGAAAAGGACAAUUACGAUAAAUUGGGUGAAAAAAUUCUGAAACAAGAAAAACAUAUCUUUAACAUUUUACAAAACCAUACAAGAACGCUCAAAGAUGAACUUAACGAGAAAUGGACAGAUAUAGACCAUUCUGUCUCUGAAGAAAUAAAGCAAGUAAUAGAAUCUGGUACUAAAUUAGAAACACAAAACAAAACUUUACUUGAAAUUCUCCACAACAAUGAUCCAGUUAAAAUUGUUGCUUGCAGCGCAAGUUCUGCCAAGAUCAAGCCUACUGUUCUCAACUUCAAAACGAUGCCAGUAUUUGUUCCUAAUAAGCUACAUGAAAAUGACCUGAAAUACGGUUCUUUGAAACAGCUGCUAUCAAUACACAAACAGCCACCAUCAAUAUCAACUUCAAACACAAAAUUUCAACUUUUGAAUCAAUUUACUCUGGACCAUGACAUUACCAAAAUAAAAGUUGGGGCAGAUAACUCAAUAUGGGUAGCACAUCGAUUUGAGCAAAUUCUUUUGAAUAUGAAAGUAACGGAAACAGGCCCAAAAAUAAUUAACCGUUUCACUGAUCUUUAUGUCUACGAUAUGGAUUUCUCAUUUAAACAGGAUUUAUUGUUGUCCAUUGAAAAUUGUCACAUCUCAGUCAUACCAAGUGGAGGUAAAGUAAUAAAAGAACUUUCUAAUAUUUCUCCCCUUGUUACAGAAGCUAUCCAUGUGACCAAAGAUAGAAAAAUAAUUAUCGGUGCUAUGGAUAGUGGACCACACUUUUCAGUUGGAAAAAAUUCAAAACGACAAAUGAUCAUAAUGAAUGAAAAAGGGAAAAUGAUAAAGACUUUAGACAUGGUAAAAGACAGACUGCCUCAAUUUACGUUUCCAAGUCGUAUUGCAAGUAAUUCGAAAGGGUAUAUUGCAGUUAUUGACAUUCAUUCACAGGAAUACGAUGGUAGGGUUGUGGUUCUGAAUACGAAUGGGAAAAUUAAGAACUUCUACACUGGUCAUCCAAAAAUCAACACCGAUUGUCCGUUUCCACCAUCAGAUAUUGAUUUAAUUCCACAGGAGAACUUCUUGGUCUUGGACUAUAAAUCGUGUUGUUUCCAUGUCUUGGAUGAGUGCGGCGAUUUCAAAGAGUUUUAUGACAUAAGACAUAUAAACACUGAUGGAUUACCUCAAGCAUUUACCUUUGCCAACAAUUAUCAACACUUAUAUAUUGGAUAUAUACAAUAUGAAAACAGCAAAACAAAGUCAAAAGUGUGUGUAGUUCAGACACCGUUUUAAGAAAUACUGUAUUUAACUAGUGAACUUUUGUAUACUUUGAGAACUGCAAUAUCAUAAAUUAAGAUAAAUUAAUAUUGCGAAUAAACUCAUCAUAAUUACCAGAAUAAAAAAAAUAUACGUCAGAUGCGCCAAAAGACUCAUCAGUGACGUUCGAAUCAAAAAAUCAAAAAAGGCAAAAUAAAGUUGAAAACCGAUGAGGACCCAAAAUUCAGAAAGGUUUUGCCGAAAACAGCUACGGUAAUCUAUUUCUGGGGUAGAAAAUACUCAGUAUUUCGAAAAAUUGUAAUUUUUUGUAAAUAUCUAAUUUAUAAUUAUGAACAUAUCAAUGAUACUUCAUGUCAACGCAGAAGUGCUGACUGCUGGACUGCCAACCUUGAUUGGGUUUUCUUUGUAGUACAACAUAUCACACCAUGCACCAAUGAAUGAUCUAGUUUUCGGUCUGAGACACAAUAAAAAGUUUCAUUUGUCGAAACGAAAAAUAAAUUCACAAAUUUAUUUUGUGGAUUUCAUAAGAUCGUAUUUUUUUCUGUCCUGCUCGAGACGUAGCUAAACAGCAGCUGAUAUUAGAUUGGUAGAAAGUAUGAUUACUGUUAUCCGAUAAUGUACUAGUAUUUUAAAUUUGAUUUCAAAAACUGUAAAAUAUAAUCGUUGAUAUAGUACAAGUAUUAUCGUUAUUUAAUCUGUGUAGUUUGGUCGUAUGUAAUAAAAAGAUAAGUUAGUUAA